GUUGAUGGGAUACUGUGCCUGGCUGACAUUCUUACUGAUAACACCCAUUCUGAAGCUACUCAUGCAGAAGCAGCAGCUGUGAUUGCACAGAUCACUUCUCCACACCUCACGUUCACUCAGCAUCUCAGCAGCUUUCUGGAAAACAUGGAAGAAAUUGUAACAGCACUUGUCAAACUGUGCCAAGAAGCCUCAUCUGGUGAAGUUUUCCUGCUGGCUUCAGCAGCUCUCGCCAAUAUUACUUUCUUUGACACCAUGGCUUGUGAAAUACUGCUCCAGUUAAAUGCAAUGAAGAUCCUUUUAGGAGCAUGUUCAGAUAAAUACAUAGUGGAUACUCCAUAUUCCAGAGAUCAGGUUGUAACAAUACUGGCAAACAUGUCAGUCUUGGACCAGUGUGCUUCAGAAAUCAUCCAAGGAAAUGGUGUUCAACUUUUAAUGGAAAUGCUCUUUGAAAGAUCAUCUUCAGGAAAUUCAGCAGAAGUUGCUGCUUGUGAGCGAGUCCAACAGAAAUCUGCAGUUACACUGGCACGACUCAGCCGUGAUCCUGAAGUGGCAGAUGCAGCCAUAAAACUCAGCUGUAUUCCUCGACUAAUUAAACUUUGCAGAUCACCAACUGAAAGAAAUAACAGUGAUUCUGUUUUAGUGGCAUGUCUGGCAGCCUUACGGAGACUGGCAGUGAUGAGUCCUGAUGGACUUGAAGAUUCAGAUUUUCAGCAGCUAGUAAAGCCCAGACUUGUGGAUUCUUUUCUGCUAUGCACAAAUAUGGAAGAAAGCUUUGUAUAAAUGUGAGCCAAAAACCUUUGAAAAAUAAUGAAGAUGAUAGGCAUACAUAAGAUAUGCAUAUACAAUUUUACUUAGUUUUAGUCCCAUUGUUAUUUAUAACAUUUAUUUUAUAACCAUGAACAUAUGGCUUGUGGAAGUAAAGAAACAGAAUGAGCAAACUUGUUUCAGUAGUUAGCAAAGGUAA